AUGAAAAUGGCAAAUUCCCUAGACUUCCCUCUGCUCGACCUCCGUGUCUGCCUCGUCUUGGUCCAGCUGCUUACCCCUUGCUCAGCUCAAUUCUCUGUGAUCGGACCCCCUGAGCCCAUCCUAGCCAUGGUAGGUGAAGACGCUGAUCUGCCCUGUUCUCUGUCCCCGAAGAUGAGAGCAGAGACCAUGGAGCUGAUGUGGGUGAGAUCCAGCCUGAGGGAGGUAGUAUACAAGUAUGCAAAUGGGAAGGAAGUAGAAGAGCAACAGAUGGCAGAGUAUCGAGGGAGAACUUCGAUUUUAAGAGAUGGCAUCACUGAAGGGAAGGCUACUCUCCGAAUUUACGAUGUCAGGCUCUCUGACAGUGGAAACUACCAGUGUUAUUUCCAAGAUGGCAACUUUUCUGAAAAUGCCCUGGUGCAGCUGAAGGUUGCAGAGUGGAGAAAGAUCCAGUACAUGGCUCGUGGAGGGAAGUCUCAGGCCUAUGCUGAAUGGAAGAUGGCCCUCUUCCAAGCUGCGGAUGUGAUUCUGGAUCCGGACACAGCAAACCCCAACCUCCGUGUUUCUGAAGACCAGAGGAGACUGCGGUAGUCAGAGGAACCACAGAAUCUCCCAGACCACCCUAAGAGAUUUGAUACGCAUUACUGUGUGCUUGGCUGUAAGAGCUUCACAUCAGGGAGACAUUUCUGGGAGGUGGACGUGAGAGACAGGAAAGAGUGGUAUGUUGGGGUGUGUAGGGAGAACGUGGAGAGGAAAAAGUCAGUUGAUAUAACACCCGAGAAUGGAUUCUGGAUUAUGGGGCUGUCUGAGGGGGAUGACUAUCAGGCUCUCACUGACCCCCAGACCAACCUGACAAUUGCCAGCUCUCCUAAAAGAGUAGAGGUUUUCCUGGAGUAUGAGACUGGUAAGGUCUCAUUCUACAAUGCCAUGGAUGGAUCUCAUAUCUACACCUUCCCACACACCUCCUUCUCUGACGCUCUGUGGCCUGUUUUCAGAAUUAAGAAAUGGGAUGACACUGCCUUGACCAUUUGCCCAGCGCUGACCUGAGUUCACAGUUCCCUUCUUCCUGACCUAGUGUCUGAUCUUUCACUGGAGAUCCCAGUGACCCCAGUCAGCCAUGGGAAUGGAGACCCUCAGGCUGAAGUAACAUCCAUGCUUCCCCUUGCCCAGCCUGGAGUUGAGGGCCUCCUCCUAAACAGCAAGACAUCGUAA